CAGUGACCACAGGCUGCUAUUUGCACCGCCUCGCUGACUUCCUGUGGUGCCAGGGUGCGGAGUAUGGGGUCCUGAUGGUCAUGGAUGGCUACAGGGGCUUCCUGGGGCUGCUGGUCUCCGCGCUGCUUGUCGGCUUCCUAUCCGUACUCUUCACCCUCAUCUGGGUCCUCCACUACCGGGAGGGGCUCGGCUGGAACGGGGCCGGACCCGAAUUUAACUGGCACCCGGUGCUCAUGGUCACCGGCUUCGUCUACAUCCAGGGCAUCGCCAUCAUCGUAUACAGACUACCAUGGACCUGGAAAUGCAGCAAGCUCCUGAUGAAAUCCAUCCAUGCUGGGUUAAAUGCCAUUGCUGCCGUUCUUGCAAUUAUAUCUCUGGUGGCUGUUUUUGAUUUCCACAAUCACUCAAAAAUCCCCAAUAUGUACAGUUUGCACAGUUGGGUUGGACUGACAGCCGUCAUACUCUAUAUUCUACAGCUUCUCCUAGGUGUUUUCAUAUUUCUGCUUCCUUGGGCUCCACUCUCUCUCCGAGCACUUCUCAUGCCCAUCCACGUUUAUUCUGGACUUCUCAUCUUUGGAGCAGUGAUUGCCACAACGCUUAUGGGAGUGACGGAGAAGCUGAUUUUUGCCUUGCCAACUAAAUACAAGUUAUUUCCACCAGAAGGUAUUUUCACAAAUACCCUCGGCCUUCUGAUUCUGGUAUUUGGGGCCCUCAUUUUUUGGAUCGUCACCAGACCCCAAUGGAAACGUCCUAAAGAACCAAACUCUAGCCUUCUUCAGCCAAAUGGAGGCACUGCAGAGGGAAUGGAAGGUUCUAUGGCAAUAAACGUCAGCAACAUGGACAAAUCAGAUUCAGAGUUAAACAGUGAAGCUGCAGCAAGGAAAAGAAACUUCAUCCUUGACGAGGCUGGCCAGAGAUCCACCAUGUGAAAUAUUAUAGCAGUGCAGUCAUAUAACUCACUUUUAAAAACGAGCUCUACCAUUUAACUUCUCAUAUUUAGUCAUCUGGUGAUUAAGCUUCAUAGAGUCAAUACUCAUUUGAAUCAUAAAGCAGAGUUUCUUAAAGGGUUUUGUAAUGAUUGAGGUCUAUGAACUUAUCUGAAAUGGAAAGGAGAUAAUCAAUGUAAAUAAUAGCUUACAUGAGUGUGAUUUUGUUAUCUAUUCCCUGUUCAGGACCAAAGAAUUUAGCACAGUGCCUUGCAUAGAACAUAUAAUAAAAAUAUGCCUAUUGGUUUGUAAAUUUGA